AACCUUAGUUGGGAAAAUAAAGUUCACUCCGUAAAUUAAUCCUCUUGUUUGAGUUUUUUCUUUUUAGACCUCGCAUUGCAACCCAACUAGUGCCAGCAGCGACAAUCACCGCCAUAAAGCCAUAAUUUCUAGACAUUUGAAGAGAAAUAUAAAGGGGAGAAGGGGGGGUUUGGUUUGGAUUUGUUUUGUCUGUCUCAUAUGCCCACCAUUAACUCUUAUUUUUCAUCUCCAUCUACUUCUUCGUUCUAUUGAAUCAAAUUACUCUGAGAAGCUCAACCCAGAUGCUCUUUCAAUGGGGAAAAGUGACCAAAGUCUGCGCCAACGGCAGUCUCUUGAGGUUUCUAAUUUGCCUUCGUCUUAUGGGUUCUCCUGUCAGAGAUGUUCUUUGGUUUUUUCAGUGAUUUCGAGGGAGUUUAGUCUCAAAUGCGUCGUCGUUUUGCUCUUCAGUUUAGCUGUUUCUCUCUCCUGGAUCUUCUGGAUCCUUCCUCUUCACAAUUUCUUAUCUGGGUUUGAUGCCAAAGAUGCAGUUAAGCUUAGUUCAACAGUUCAAGCAUCCUUCAGACUGGAGAUACCGGUUUCAGAGAUUGUUCCACAUAUGGAAAGAUUAGAGUAUGAUCUCUACAAUGAAAUAGGUGUUCCAGAUGCAGAGGUUGCUAUCUUAUCUAUACAUCAAUUGGGUGCUUCAAAUUGGACCAAUGUAGUAUUUGGUGUUCUUCCUGGUCCUAUAAAUGCUCCAAUAAAUCCUGUGUACCUAAGUGUGCUUAGAUCAUCUUUAAUUGAGUUGUUCCUUCAGCAAUCCAAUCUAACUUUGACAGCAUCAAUUUUCGGGCAGCCUUCUACAUUUCAGAUUUUGAAGUUUACAGGGGGGAUAACUGUUAUUCCUCUGCAACCUUUGUCCAUUUUGCAGAUAACGCAGGUUCUAUUUAAUUUUACUCUUAAUAAUUCCAUAUCUGAAAUAGAGGCAAACUUUCUUGAGUUGAGGGAUCAGUUGAAGUCUGGAUUGAAUCUGAGGUCUUAUGAGAAUUUGUAUGUGCAAGUAACAAACAAAGAGGGUUCCACAAUAACUCCACCAGUCAUAGUCCAGGUAUCAGUCAUGUCAGAUCUGGGGAGCCUUCUGCCUCAGAGAUUGAAGCAGUUAGCUCAAACAAUCACAGAAUCUCCAGCUAAGAAUCUUGGGCUUAAUAAUUUAGUCUUUGGUAACGUUAAAAGUGUUGUUUUAUCUUCUUAUUUAAAAGGUACACUUCAUGCAACUCCUCCAACUCCUUCACCAUCCCCAUCUCCAACUCCUUAUUCUCCUUAUUCUCUUGCACCCUCUCCUGCACCUGCAGUUGCAAUUGCAAACCCUCCUUUUUUUCCUCCAACCUCUUCACCAACAUCUAAUCCUAUACCUGCUCGUUCAUCCUCAAUGUGUUCACCACAGUCGGCUCCUGGUCUACCAACAUCACCAACAAUAUCUUAUGACUCUAGUCGAGACCAUGCCAUGGGAAGUGCAACAGCCCCAGUCUCCCCAAUGAUAUCAUCUUCAGCAGUUGGUCUUUUCUUCAAGGAGAUGUGGUCAUUCCGAUUUUGUGGACCACUCUUGUUUCAUAUGCUUAGUUGGCCUGCCAUACUGAAACCAACUGUUCAUUCUCAUAAUAACCCCUAAACAGUUUUUCACCACAAAGCGUAACAACAUUAAACACCUAGUUUUGUUCUGGCAGAAACUCUGUUGAAAAGUUUCUCCAGGUUUUUCAUUUUCCCUUUCAGCUUUGGUUGAUCGACACAAGUGUAAAUGAAGUAGAAGAGAAGGCAGGUCAAAGCCAGAAAGAUGGCAGGCCAGUCUUGUCAUUUUGAGUGUUUUCUUUUAAGAGGUUAAGAAGAAUCGUUUUUUAUCCUGUAGCAGCAAUCAAAGUGUGAAAAUAUGAAGGUUCUUAGUGA